CCUGUCAGCGGGGCGACGGCGCCUGAACGCACCUUCUCCCUCGGUGGAUCCAGACGGGAAGAGGUUAAACCUCCGAGUCGCUGUGCGGACGGCUGGAGGACGCACGCGGAACAUUCUGCUCUCUGUGAAUGAAACGCUGCGACUAUGACUCCGGAUUCCUCCUCUUCUUCAUCUCCUUCCUCCUCCUCAUCUCUCCUGAGGUCCGGAGUCUGAAGCGGAGAUCAGGAGCUGCGCGUCGGUGUGAACCAGAGGAAAAGUGAUGGAAAAGUUGCUCUGAGCCCGGACUGGACACAUUCAAGAAGUUUCUGCUUUUGUGGGGACAGAUGAGUUCAGUCUGGACUGAAAUGAUGUGACUGCGGACUAAAGCCACCCUGGAUUUACGCUCUGCUUUGCUGCGGGUUUUGGUCACUUUCUGACUCUCCUGUUUUCAUUUUUGCGCAGAUCCUACAUGCCUUUAGCAGGAUUUCCGCAGGUCCGAGCGCAGGGCGGCGGGAUGAACCCAAAGAGCGGACAGAGUUGUGAAACGCGCAAACGGGACUCACGUUCAGAUUAGUUGGAAUAGUUCCUGGAUUGUUGCGCCUCAGUCCAGAAACCAGAGCGAGCGAGCGCCUCACUCCUGGGACUCCAAACAGACGCUGGACUUUAUAAACUGUUUCAGCUUUUGUCAUGGAGUAGUGGAUGCCUGAGUGGUUCUGUUGAAUAAUCUGGGUUACACAAGAACAUUUCUUAUAAGAGAGGCGCUGAAUGAUGUCUCCAGCUUCAGUUGGAUUUGUUCUUCUGUUAGGAUUUCUCCAUGUGGGCUCAGGAUCUCGGCUACGCCAAGAGGACACCCCACCUAGGAUUGUAGAGCACCCGUCGGACCUGAUUGUUUCCAAAGGGGAGCCCGCCACCCUCAACUGUAAAGCAGAAGGGAGGCCGACACCAACAGUGGAGUGGUACAAGGAUGGGGAACGCGUGGAAACGGACAGGGACAAUCCUCGUUCUCAGCGCAUGCUGCUGCCGAGCGGCUCCCUCUUCUUCCUCCGCAUCGUCCACGGACGACGGAGCAAGCCGGACGAAGGCUCCUACGUCUGUGUUGCUCGCAACUACCUAGGAGAAGCAGUGAGCCACAACGCCUCCCUGGAAGUAGCCAUUCUACGAGAUGAUUUUAGACUAAACCCCGGAGAUGUGAUUGUAGCAGCGGGAGAACCUGCUGUCCUGGAGUGCCAGCCCCCUCGUGGACACCCUGAACCCACCAUAUCAUGGAAAAAAGAUGGAAUUAACAUCGAUGACAGGGAUGAGCGGAUCACUAUACGUGGGGGGAAGCUGAUGAUCACAAACGCCCGUAAGAGCGACGCUGGAAAGUAUGUGUGUGUCGGCACAAACAUGGUUGGAGAACGGGAGAGUGAAAUAGCUGAACUCACGGUUCUGGAGCGUCCUAGCUUUGCACGCCGCCCUGGUAGCCAGGUAGUGUUAGUGGACCAAAGUGUCGAGUUUAAGUGUGAGGCCCGUGGCGACCCUGUUCCCACUGUGCGCUGGAGGAAAGAUGAUGGUGAACUACCAAAAGCAAGAUAUGAGAUUUGUGAGGACCACACCCUGAAGAUUCGUCGCGUGAUCUCAGCUGACGUAGGCUCCUACACCUGCGUGGCCGAGAACAUGGUGGGCAAAGCAGAGGCAUCGGCGACGCUCACCGUCCACGUGCCCCCAACAUUUGUGGUGAGACCAAGGAACCAGGUGGUUGGAGUUGGGAGAACCGUCACUUUCCAGUGUGAGGCAACUGGAAACCCACAGCCAGCCAUUUUCUGGCAGCGGGAAGGCAGUCAGAACCUCCUGUUCUCCUACCAACCUCCUCAACCCUCCAGUCGGUUUUCUGUAUCUCAGAGCGGAGACCUGACCAUCAUCGACGCUGAACGUUCUGACAUGGGAUACUACAGCUGUCAGGCUCUGAACAUUGCCGGAAGCGUGAUCACCAAGGCUCUGCUGGAGGUUACUGAUGUGGUGUCAGACCGCCCGCCUCCAGUUAUACGACAGGGGCCAACCAAUCAGACCAUAGCCGUGGAUGGUACUGUGAUCAUGAACUGUGUGACAUCUGGGAACCCCACCCCCACCAUCUUGUGGAGGAAGGAUGGAGUGCUAGUGUCCACACAUGACUCCCGUGUCAAACAAUUGGACACAGGCGCCCUGCAGAUACGAUACGCAAAGCUUGGAGACACAGGCACCUACACCUGCAUCGCCUCCACUCCAAGUGGAGAAGCCUCAUGGAAAGCCUCUUUAGAAGUCCAAGAAUUUGGAGCUCCAGUCCAACCAAACAGACCCACUGACCCAAACCUAAUCCCCAGUGCCCCUUCACGACCAGAGGUUACCGAUGUUACUCGUACCUCCAUCACACUCUCCUGGAAGCCUAACCUUAAUUCUGGAGCUACACCCACGUCCUACAUCAUAGAAGCCUUCAGUCACGCAUCAGGGAGCAGCUGGCACACCUUGGCUGACCAUGUUAAAACGGAGUCAUUUGUACUGAAGGGUCUCAGGCCCAGUGCAGUCUACCUCUUCUUGGUGCGUGCGGCCAACGCCUAUGGGCUUAGUGACCCCAGUCCUAUAUCUGAUGCUGUGAAAACCCACGAUAUCCCUCCCACCAGUCAGGGUGUGGAUCAUCGACAAAUCCAAAGGGAACUGGGAGAAGUGGUCAUCCACCUGCAUAACCCUACCAUCCUUUCCUCCUCAUCAGUCAGGGUGCAAUGGACAGCAGAGCAGCAGUCACAGUACAUCCAGGGCUACAAGGUAAUGUACAGGCCGUCGCCCGAGGGGCAGCAGAGGAGUGAAUGGGCCGUGUUUGAGGUGCGGACCCCUGGAGAGGACAGCGCUGUGGUGACGCAGCUCCGAAAGGGCAUCACGUACGAAUUCAAAGUCCGCCCUUUCUUCAACGAGUUCCAGGGAACGGACAGCGACGUUAAAAUUGGCAAGACACUUGAAGAAGCCCCCAGUGCCCCUCCCCGUAAGGUUACAGUGAUGGAAAGCCGGGACAAUGGGACUGCCAUCGUCGUCUCCUGGCAACCUCCUCCAGAAGAGGAGCAGAAUGGGGUGGUCCAGGAGUACAAGAUUUGGUGCUUGGGGAAUGAGACCAGGUAUCACGUUAACCGAACAGUUGACGGUUCAACGUUAUCGCUGCUGAUACCUAGUUUGACCCCUGGCGUCCGCUACAGCGUGGAGGUGGCAGCUGGCACCAGCGCUGGUGCUGGGGUCAAGAGUGACAUCGCCUUCUUUCAGCUGGAUGCUUCUGGACGGAUGACGGAGACCGUGGACCAGGAGAACCCUCUGUCCCAGCAGAUCUCAGAUGUGGUCAAGCAGCCUGCCUUUAUAGCAGGCAUUGGUGCCGCCUGCUGGAUCAUCCUCAUGGUCUUCAGCAUCUGGUUGUACAGGCACCGAAAGAAAAGGAACGGCCUGUCCAGCAGCUACGCUGGAAUUCGCAAAGUUCCAUCUUUUACUUUCACACCAACAGUGGCAUAUCAAAGAGGUGGAGAAAGUAUCAGCAGUGCUGGAAGGCCUGGUUUACUAAACAUGGGAGACUCAGCCACUCAGCCCUGGCUGGCUGACACAUGGCCCAACUCGUGCUCCAACCACAACGACUGCAGCAUCAACUGCUGCACCGCGGGCAACGGCAACAGUGACAGCAACCUGACAACGUACAGCAGACCAGCCGACUGUAUCGCCAAUUAUAACAACCAGAUGGAUAACAAGCAGACCAACCUCAUGGUGCCAGACUCAGGGGUCUAUGGAGAUGUGGACCUGUCCAACAAGAUCAAUGAAAUGAAGACCUUCAACAGCCCAAACCUGAAAGAUGGCCGCUUUGUAGGCACAGGGGGCCAGCCAACACCUUACGCCACCACUCAGCUCAUCCAGUCCUCCAUCAUGAGCAACAACACGAACUCAGACAGAGUCAUCGGUGGGAGCGGAGGUGGACUCGGGGGUGGAGGGGAAUUAAAUGAGAAACACUGCUGGAAGCCAGCAUCAGCCCAGCAGCAGAAACAGGAAAUGGGCUCCCAGCUCCAGUACAGCAUCAUGGAACAAAACAAGCUCAAUAAGGAUCGCUACAGAGGCGGCGACAGUCCGAUGCCAGCCACCAUUCCCUACAACCAGACUCACGACAGCCACACCGGGGGCUCCUACAACAGCUCUGACCGAGGCAGCAGCAGCACCUCUGGGAGUCAGGGCCACAAGAAGGGAGUGCGCACCCCCAAACUACCCAAACAAAGCACAAUGAAUUGGGCUGACCUUCUACCCCCUCCUCCUGCAAACCCAGCCCCGGGUCGAACCACAGAGGAGUACGUACUGUCCAUGGAAGAAAGCGGUGAUCCAGACAUGCAGUGCCCCAUGCCCCCUUCUCACAUGUACCUGCAGCCUGAUGAGUUAGAGGAGGAGGAGAUGGAGAGGGGGCCUACUCCUCCUGUCCGCGGGGCAGCCUCUUCCCCCGCUGCUAUAUCCUACAGUCACCAGUCCACAGCCACCCUCACCCCCUCGCCGCAGGAGGAGAUGCAGCCGAUGCUUCAGGACGGAUCAGACAGCCAUGAACGCAGGCGCCAUGCUGUGAGCCCGCCACCCCCCCCAAGGCCCCACUCUCCCUCACACACAUAUGGAUACAUAGGCAGCCCACUGGCCUUGGACACCGACGGUCUGGAGGAAGAGGAGGAUAUAUUAGAGGAAGAGGAGGAGGAGGAUGGUGAUGAAACAGACGCAGAGGUGGCCAAGAUGCACUACCACCAUACCCAUCCCCACCCCCAGAUGCAUGCGCGAAGGUUGCUACUACGAGGACUGGAACAGACCCCUGCAUCCAGCAUGGGCGACCUGGAAAGCUCGGUGACCGGCUCCAUGAUCAACGGAUGGGGCUCAGCUUCGGAGGAGGACAAUGUCUCUUCGGGGAGGUCGAGUGCAGUCAGCUCAUCAGACGGCUCCUUUUUCACAGACGCCGACUUUGCUCAAGCAGUUGCUGCAGCUGCAGAAUAUUCAGGGCUCAGGGUGGCAAAGUACCCCAAUUCACAGGUCCAGGAAGUGGGCGGAGCCUCAGCUCGAAAAUACCAAAUAAACCCGUCGGGACAUCGUCCUGGCAGCCCAGUGUCUACAGACAGUAAUAUGAGUAUGGCAGCUAUGCACAGGAGGCCUCCUAAAAAGCAAAAACAGCAUCCUGCAGGUCAUCCUGGGAACCAGAGACGUGAAGCCUUCAGUGAAGAUCUCCCUCCUCCACCCAUCCCACCUCCAGCAGUGCUCAAGUCCCCCACACAUCCCUCCAAAGCUGCACUGGAGGGCCGGGGAGUAAUUUCCCCCAAAGCAGAGGGUCGAGACAAGCGAGGAGGGGUCUAUCGACCGCAGGACAGCUCGGAUCCUCGAACCAGCUCAUCUGAACGCAAAGAAGCUCAGGAUAGACAAAAGACUGCCCAUGGAGGCAAAGGGAUUAAACCUGAGAGCAGUGCUGCCAACAAGGCACGGCAACACCCAGGUUCAGAGGACAUUCUACCCUAUAGCCGACCACAGUUCCCCACAGUUAACAGCCCCAGAGACCCAAGCUCCUCCAGCUCCAUGUCCUCUAGGGGUUCAGGGGGGCGGCGGAGAGAAGUAGCACGCAGGAACCCUGCAGAUAUGAGUGUCAACAACCCUGGAGUCUUUCAACCAGGAGAUGAAGAGCUACAGAUGGUAGAAAGCUGAAGGAGACAGAAAAUAAGGACUUUUGAAAUUUUUCCGAGUGGAGCACCAUUGUUUCUCUUACAAGUUUAAAUAUCUCAGUAUUUCACCAUCAUGUUGGCUGCCAUCAUACUGUACAUCCUAAGUGUUUCUUUACAUCUGGAAAACAGACCAUUUUUUGUAAACCUAUAAUUUUCUAUGCCCAAUUAAAUCAAAAAGAAAGGACAGAAGCUAAAAGACAAAUGCAUUCAAAACAAUGUAUUUAUGUUUAAUUCCAAUGCAAUAUGGAGCAAAGUCCUGCUCCAAAAAUUUACAAGACUCAGCUUGCCUUGAUGAGAACUUUGGAGAGCCCAUUCAGUGAGUGGUUACUGUAACCAAACAGCUGCAAACAGAGGGAGGUGAACUGUCUGUAAAUAUACAUUUCUGUGUGAUGUCCUCUUGUUUUACCCAUUGUGGUUGCUCAAAAUGGUCUUCCUUGUUUAAUUUAGCAGAGUCUAGUUUUUUUUAUUCAUUUCCAUACAUGUUGUAAAUUGCUAUAUUAUUUAGCUGCCCCCAAAAAAGUGCCACUAUGGGAUUUUUUUGUUUGUUCUUUGUAAUGCACUGUUGUGUUGUCAUUGAUGUUUGUUUGUUUUACCUUGGUUUUAAAAGCACAAUCACUAAACUUUAUUUUAAACCAUUUUAUCUAUUAACCUUUUUGUCUUACUGCAGGAAGAAAGGUGAGACAAAAGAGUCGAGUUAACCCUAAAGAUAACGUAGGUUGCUGUUUACGAAGGCUGUGCUUGAAAGGAGACUCCGUAUGUUGUGAUUGUCUCCCUCUCCAGUUCUGAUGCUAGCUUAAGUGAUACAGUUAAUGUGAGUCAUAGCUGCAAUGUAAAUAUCCUUUUCACAGUGACCAUGAACUCAGCUAUUGCACAUUAAUCAAAAUGGUUGUGUUGCCUACAAAUGCACUUAAAUGAAUGUCAAAUACAGGACAUGCGUCACUUUGGAAUCUGGAGAGGUUGUAAUUAAACAAGAGUCUCUUCUCAAUACAAAUGGGUCAACUGGGCCCUGUUUUCUGAAGAAAGGGUGCUGUUGUUUAUUAUAGGACAUCUGCAAACAUUUGUUUCGUAAAGCAAAAGGAAAGAAAAAGAACAAAAAAAUGAUGAAUAAAAAAGUUUAAACUAAA